AUGCCUGGAACUUCUUGCAGAGACGCCAUCAAGCUUUGGGAAGCCAAGACUGGACAAAACGCAGCUGAAGCAACUGAAGUAAAGCUCAUCUGCUAAAUCCCACCGAUCGAUAAAAUGGACGAUUCCCUUAAUCAACUUGAAAUGUGCUAAAAGCUAUCUCUCUCAACAAAUGCUAUUGAAAGAAUGAUUGCGCUCCCAAAAUUAAAGAAUCUAAGAAUCUUGUCAUUAGGAAGAAAUAACAUUAAGAGAAUCAUGGCACUUGAAGAUGUUGGUCAAACUCUCGAAGAACUCUGGCUAUCAUACAACCAAAUCGAAAAGUUAGAUGGUCUCUAACCCUGUAUUAAACUCCAUACUCUUUUCAUUAGUAACAACAAAGUCAGAUCAUGGGAUGAAGUGAGCAAAGUCGGGUAACUUCCAGAAAUCAAGUCAAUUUUGUUGGUUGGAAAUCCCAUUUAUGGAGAUAAGAGCAAGGAUGAUAACGCACCAUAUAUAGUGAAAAGAGUUCCUCAGAUUGAAAAUAUCGAUGGAAAGAUGGUUUCACCAGCAAUCAGAAAGCAAGCUGAGUCACUUGAUUGA